UGGGUUGUGACCUUUUUACCAUCCUGGUAUUCAAGUGUUCUUGUUCACUGUAUGUGACAAUGAUAAGAUUUCUAUUCCUGUUGUUAUUCUAAAGAAAAUAAGACUGUCUUUGUUACUAAUUCUUUUACUAAGCAAAAUUGCAAAAAGCUACUAGCACUUCCCUCGUGCUAGGCAAUUCUUGGGAAUACUCACAUGUGUUUUAAUGUACACAAAGUCGCAGGGAGGACCCAAUCAAACGGGAAUCAGUCCUUGCCUGGAUACUCACAUGGAUGGAAGAAGAGGGAGGACAACAACAAACACAAAUAGUGAUCCCCAGCUCAAGGGUAUAGUGACCAGGUUAUAUUGCAGGCAAGGCUACUACUUGCAAAUGCACCCCGAUGGAACUCUCGAUGGAACCAAGGAUGACAGCAGUAAUUCUACAUUAUUCAACCUUAUACCAGUGGGACUUCGAGUGGUUGCUAUCCAGGGUGUAAAGACUGGGUUGUAUAUAGCCCUAAAUGGAGAAGGUUUCCUCUACACAUCAGAACUUUUUACACCAGAGUGCAAAUUUAAGGAGUCUGUUUUUGAAAAUUAUUAUGUAAUCUACUCAUCUAUGCUCUACAGACAACAGGAAUCUGGUAGGGCCUGGUUCUUGGGGCUGAACAAGGAAGGGCAGGUCAUGAAAGGAAACAGAGUGAAGAAAACAAAACCAGCAGCUCAUUUUCUACCCAAGCCAUUGGAAGUUGCCAUGUAUCGAGAACCAUCUUUGCAUGAUAUUGGAGAAACAGUGCCAAAGGCUGGGGUAACUCCAAGCAAAAGCACAAGUGCAUCUGCAAUAAUGAAUGGCGGCAAACCAGUUAACAAGAACUUUCCCUUUGCAGUGUCCGUGGAUCAGCUUGAGGCAAGUGAAAUACUUGCUCGCUGCUGUUUCUGAACUAAGUUGUUGCAAGUGGAUAAAUCUCAACAUGUAGCUCCUCCCACAACAAGAAGACACCUGGAUAAACCAGCUAAACUCAGACCGUGGAAUGCCCUACCAGAUAUUGGAAUGCCUUUUUAAUAUCUUUUCUGUGACUGUGACACUUCAUGUGAAUGACAUACUUCACGAGUACACUUGAUACCUUGCCUGCUGACAAUUACUCAUAAUCCCUUUUUGAGUCCAGUUUCAGCAAAAUCCAUGUGUUUAAGUUCUAUUUUGUAGCACACAAAUAAUCAAGUAAUUUCUAGUUAGAUGCUGUAAACCUGUGCUAUUAUGGAUUUCUCUUCUUCCCUUUUUUAUAAGGCUGCUCGCUCCACUGUCUGUGAUCUUUUGCAGGGAUUGUGUUUCUCUAUAACUUAAGUGUUGCCGGUGGCUUAGUUUUCAAAGCAAUCAGGGAAUCAGGAAGCCUUCAAAAAUCUAUUAUUGCAAAUUAUAUCUAUAAAGAAUAGGAUGUUGUCUCUGGCUUACAAUAUUGAUUAAAUGUGAAUACUCUCAGCAACAGAUACUGUGCUCCUGAGGUUGGCAUCAGAACAGAGGGAAGACUGUCAAACACGUCCGACGAUAGAAAGUUUUCUGAAAGGAUGUUUGACAUCCCCCUAUAGUUUCUUUUUGUGUGUGUGUUUUAUACAUAUCACAGGCUUACUGGUAAUGGUAACAUUUGCCUUGCCCAGCGAGCAAGACCCACUCAUUUUUGGGAAAGUGGGUCAAAAGAACUCUGUAGGCCUUGUAGGCCUGAAUUAAGGCUCAUUUUUCAUCUACUAAAUCCUCAUUAUUUGAAAAACAACCACCACCAAUAAAAAAAGAUAGGACUAACCAGAAUUGCGCUACCUAAGUCCAUUUCAGAUAUAAUCCUUUCCUGUUUUUAAGGAACUGAAUUUAAUGCCAUUGUUAUUUUUGGCUGAAUUCCACACAUACUUAGCAAAGCAUGGGCAAGGAUGUUGUUGUGUUCUUUUUUGCAGCACCAGUGCAAAGGGUAGCUACAAAUUAUAGUUUAAUAUCUCUGGUGUUUUACAAAAAGUUUUAAAACUGGACAUAUUACAAAACUUUAUUUUUAAUUUUAGCUCAGCAUGCAAAGUCCAGUCCUAUGUAUCCCACCAAUAUCCCAGUAUGUAUCUCUACCCAGCUUCCUAGGAAAAUAUGCCCACCAAAUUGCUAGACUGAAGGUGCCUUGCCUUGAUCUCUGUAUACUGUACCUUCUCCUACAUGUACCUAGAAGAAAUCAGAGACAUCAUAAAAUUGGAGCCUUGGAUCAUUUUACGAAAAACACCAUCAACACUUUGAGCGUGUCAUUUAUGAACAGUAAAACCAAUGUUAGAGGAAAAAAUAAGUUUUAGACAAUACCACAGAGAUGCCAUUGAAGUGUUAGUUAGUUAGUCACAUGCUUUCAGAAGACUAAAAAUAUGAGUACUCUUGGUAUGCUUAAGAAGGUAUUUGCUUCUCAGAAAUGGGAACAAGGACUAAAUUGUACCUCAGUUUGGAAAACUCUGUGUGAGAACACUGUCUUGGCCUCUUGCAGUUAUCUUGAUAUUUAAAGAUAAAAAAGGACUCCUUCGUUCCUUUUUUUAGCAUUGUAUUUCUAACAAUUCAUUUUAUCAUGUCUUUAUGCUGAAAUCCCGAACAGACACUGCUUGUUAUUUCAAACGCCUAACCUGAAUAGCUGACUAACUGAUUCAGUCUAAACAAAUUCUUUGUGUUACUUUUCAUGUGUUUAGUUUUUAUAAGUAAUAUUUAAUACACUGUUGAAGGAGGCUACUAUAAAGCUGCUAAAUUCUAGCUAAGCAAACUAAGUUUUUUUUCUUUUUUUUUGAUAGAUUAGACUUUCUUGUUUGUAUUCAUAAUAUAAAAACAGCAAGCUAGCAUUUGAUUUGGGGUCUUUCUCAGGAGGAUGAGGCAAACAUGAAGCCCAAAUCUACGUAUAAAGAAAAGAAUAUAAAACUACUUUAAUACUGUGAUAAAGAUACAAGAAACUUUGACUUAGAUUGUUCCCUUGCCUGCUAGCUCUAAGUGGGGAGAGGGGGGAACCCAACACCCCUUUGUUAAUAGCCUUUAGGAAAAUUCUCAGUGCAUCUGGUCUGGAGGGGGUUUGUACCAUCCCUGAGAAAACCAAGCAAGAACCAAGCCAGCUACGUGGCCACGUGAGCCUACGCUGAAUCUGGGGGAUCUAUGGGAUGCAGCAGCCUUGAUGUUGUAUUAUGCACUGUGUCCCUAAGGUACUCCCAGUCUUUUUAGAACUAUGGGAGGAGCAAUUCACAAUAUUUUGAAUAGGCUAAUAAAACUGAAGGCUAUAUUUUCUCUCUCACACACACACAUCUAAAUCUCAUAGAGUUCAUGAGGAGGUAAUACAUGUGUUUGUGUCCCACAGUCAUCUUUUUACCUUCCCCAGUUUAAGAGCCUGGGGAGAGACAGGGCUGGAGAACUGGCUGAGACACGUAGUGAGGAGCUGGCUCAUAGCCUGAUGCUACAUAAGUAUUGUUUUCAACAUUAAACUUUCAAUCCCAGAUAAUUAAAAUCUGCCAACCAGUUUUGGAGCUGCAGUUAAGGCCAGAUUUAAUUUUUUCAAGUCAUUAGUUCAUACUAAAUGCAUUUUUUUUUAGUUCUGUUAUUGUUUAUGUGGACUAAAUGCAUAUGUGUGUUUAAUACAAUGACGAGAUGUCCUAAAAAUAAUUUCUUCUACAAGCUGUUUAAACAUAACAAAGGGUCUUUCUGCUUUGAUUACUUCCAUUAAUUUUGUCUCUUUUCUCGUUUGUUGCAUGAGGAAGAGGAUGGCAAGGAUGAACUGCGUGUAGUAGGUUUUGUAUAGCAGAGAACUGUUGGUCUGUAUUACUGAAUUUACCUACAUAUAUGCAAAGAGUUUGUCUGCAUUAUUUGCAUUUAUUAUUUUUUGUUGUUUACACAGAUGCAACAUGUUGAAUAAAACAUUUAUAUGAAGGCAUACUGAAAAACAAAAGAAAGAAUUAUGUAACAAGUAGAUUGUGCAAAACAUCGCUGCACUGGCCACAGUAUGGUGAAGCUUCAUGUAAAUAGGUUGGCACACUCAAUUCUCCCCUUUUACCAUGCCAAAGAAAAUUUUAGCUCCUUAAUAUAAUACCUCUAUUGCUGUUUUCCAGAAUAGGACUUCACCAUUUUGUUCCCUCUAAAAUUAAUUUUGCUGUUAAGUGAAAGCUGUUUUCAACUGUCUGUUACUACAAAAGUACUGUAUAGUAAACCUGAUGGAAUCAGUUUGUAUUUAAAGAUUGGGUGUUUUGUACUUACAUGUCUAUCUGUAUGUGAAUCUACAGCAGUCCAGAUCUUUUGCAUGCUUGCUUUGUAUUUUGUUUUUCUUCUGGGUUUUAUCUAAUCUCAGAGAGACGGUUUGCACAGCAAUCAACUCAACUUACCAUCUCAUAAUGCACAGAUAUGGUAACACUGCACAUAGUCAUUCUCUCUGCUUUUGCCUCUUUUGCUUUUUUAAGCCACUCUCAAAUCAAUUAUUUUUAAUAUACUGUUCUUUUCAUAAAAUUUAACUUGUGUAGAGUCAGGUUGCUCCUCAAUGAACACCACCACCACUACCACAACCAGAUAUAAAAUAAAAUAGUUCACUUUGACUAUAGUAUUUACCUGAAAAAAUGCUAACAAUUCUGACUUUUUAUACAUAUUCAGAGAAACUUUUUCUCUUGGUUUAAAGCCACUCCAAGAAAUGAGGUAUUAAAGCAGGCAGUUUGGUCCAUGCAUUAAAAAUGUUUCUUGCUGAUCCAUCUGUUUAUUGGUAUUAAGCAGAAAUUAUUUAGCUCCAGUCAAAUGGGAAUGCAAGUGAAAUUAGACACAAUAAGGUUAUCUUUCUUUUAAAUGCCCCUUUGGAUAAACUCAUCUUCUGUACAAUGCAUUUUAAAGUGUCUAAUAACAGUAUUUUUUCGUGAUGACUAAUGCAAAUGCUAUGACUUAUUUUUAAAGAUGUAAUAAAAUCUUUGUUCUAUUACCUAGUCACAGAAAUAUUCAACAUAGCUUUCUUCAUCCCAGUAAUAAAGUGUAUUAUAUCAUUGAGCUAUGAAGUGAGAUCCGUUCUAUAAAGAAGCAAGGGCAUCAGAAAAGGCAGACCAGGUACAUUUAAAUCUUCAUCCACAUGGCUCUAAAAGACAGUAUGGCCAAGGGAAAAAAGAUCACGAGGACAUUAAUAAUUUAUGAAAGCAAAUCAAUCCACAGCUGUUUUACAGAUGACAUGCCAGAAGAUGCAAUAUACCAUCGGCACAGUUCUACAAAAAGCUGCAAGUAUUUUGUAGAAGCAUUCAGCCUACUUUUGGACUGUGUUCUUUCCAUCAGAAGAAGGAAACAAGGCUAUAUUAUCAUUGUUUCCUAGGUUUACCGAUCUAGCCAGUACAAAAUCCUCAUUUAUCCAAUUUGUUUUCACCACCUAUAACUAAACUACCUUUUGCCACAAGCCUGGAAGCAAGUUUUUACAGUCACUAGAUAUGAAGAAUCAGCCAAUGUGUUUCACUCCCUUAUGCCUCUUCCUGCUUCUCCAGUUUAUGUAUCUCAAAUUCCUGUCACUAGGAAUGAGGUGUAAAAUCACAAUUUAUUAAUACAACUAGAUUUUCACAUAUGUGGAAUAAUAACCUUAUUCCUUCAGGUCUCAUUUUUCUAGUGAGGAAAUGAGCCACAAAACAGAUCUACUGGGAGUCACAUCAUCAGUUACCUCAGCAUGAAAGGGGGGAAAAAUGUUCAAGCAACAUUGUAAGAAACAGAGUAAAAAUUGGAAAGGAAAAUAGAUAUUCAUUAUACUUUUAGUGGUCUUAAUAGAUAUUUUAAGGUUUGUAGUGAUAGCACCAUUUUGUUUGAUAAUUUAUAUUUUAAUUAGCCCCUGACACUAGCUGUGUUAGAAUAUUCUAAUAAUAUAUUUCCAUACUCACCUUAACAAAAAAUUUACAUAGCACAUUCUUAAAUUCUACGGCUAUGUAAUCCACUUAGUAACCAAAAUGCUGCAGUUGGGUAUUUUUUUAAAAAAAAUCUAGCUAGAACCAGAAUUAUUUUACAUUCUUGCAGUGAAAUUUAAGAGGAAAACAAAUUACAAAGUAAAAUGCAUCAAAUAUAUGACAUUGAAACUCUCUGAAGAGUCCUUUUUUUUUUUUUUGCCUAUGAAUGUGAGUACCUGAAAUGAAAAUGAAAUUCCAGGGCCAAUCUACAGUAUCUAUAAAUGUUUGUCAUACUAGGAAACAAGUUAAGAGUUUCUACUGCAUUUAAAUAAGACCAUUGAUUAUUUACUGUCUCCCGUUUUACAGUACUAAAUGCAAAUGGAAGGAAACGCAGUACCACCUUGUGUCUUUCACUGUUUACAUUCUGACUCAGCAGCAGAAAACAUAUGUCAAAAAACACUAGCUAUUACAGGAGGAUUCAGGUCAGUGGUGUUCAUAAAUAUAAAUAAGACCAAUAAUCUGUGCUCUCCAGUCAGACAUCAGAGUUGACAAAAUGCAUAUAUGUUAAAAUAUAUGAAAGUAUUCCCGUUAAGCUCUACACAGUUUAAGGGUUAUAAGUACAAAUUACAAACUAUAAUUUCAAUAUGGGUUUCUUUUAAGUUUCUUUGUACUUUAUCAGUGCAUUUUAGGACUCUGAUAUUUUGGUUAUCUAAAAAGAGAGCACCUAGUAGCCUUGGGAUAUAUAUAUAUAUAUAUAUGCACAUUAUUUAUGUGCAUAGCUCCUAUACAAGUUAUGCAUAAAAAUUUGAUGGUUAUACUAUGUCUCCCUGAGAACAUGGGUUUCACAAGCUUCAUUUUUAGAAAGAAAGAAUUUAGUUAAGAAAAAAAAUCAGGUAAGGUAAAGAGCAAGCUAUGUGGGAAGACGGAAUAAUAAAAGUUAUUAUUCAAAACAGUUCAUAAAUUCAUUUAAAUUUCUAAUUAUUACAUGUUCUGUACCAUUGUAUUUUCCUAUCUGAAAAGCAUCCUUUCUAAAAGAAAACAAAUUUCUAGACUAAUAAUGGAUAUACCUUUUUCAGUUGAUAUACAGUUUCCUUAUUUCUUAGUCAUGUACCUCUCUAAAAACCUGGACCUUGGCACCUAAACCACAAUAUUACCACAAGUUUGAUAUUAACAAGAAGUAUUUUCCAACCAUUUAAAGCAAUUUCUUGAUCAGUCAUAAUUUCAUAAACUGUAAUCACUUUUGAAAAUAAAAUGUAUGUUUUUUUUGCUCUAAAGAAUUAAAGGGCUGCCAAAUCUACAUGUAUUAAAAAAAAAAGAGAGACUCAUAUGUAAAUAAGUUAGGGAAGUCCCAAUAGUUGUGCAUCGUUCAUAACUCAAUGUGAAUUUCACACUGAGCAGCAUUUCACCAUUGGAAAAUAAAAAUAAAAUUUUUGUUCAUACCACU